AUGCGUAUACUUGUAUCUUCUUUCGAAUACCCCGCCCUUCUCCCUUCACCCAUCCCCAUCCCAAAGCUCACCCGCCUCUCCAUCGACGCGCUCUUCCAACCCACCAUCGAACUACGCCAAAACGAGACCUUCCUGGAAGACCGGGAGAUUGAACCACCUUUCUCCUUAGGUGACAUGUCGUAUUGGGCCAUUCAGCUGUGGACAAACGUCUCCGGUGUCACUAUAGCUGACAGUUAUGUGACACGUGUGGAGCGUACGUCCAACGGCGACUGUGAGCCUUAUCCGGACUAUAUGGACGAUGUUCAGGAAGACUUGAACCAGACGUUUAUGCCGAAGAAUGUGGACGUGCCCCCGGAGAUCCGCAUGCCUAUACCUGUGACUACG